GUGUUUAUAAUAUUUCAGACAACUUACACGGUCAAAUCCUAAUGAACUCAUCUUUAACCACCGAAAGCCUUAACAGGCAACGUAAGUUAGAAGCAGUCUGUCCUGACUGCAAAGCAGUAAACUCCAUUGUCACCCACCAUGUUGAGGGCAAAAGAGUCUGCAAAUCCUGUGGCACCAUACAAGAAAUCCACCUGAUCGAUGAGACCAGCGAGUGGAGGAACUUUGGAAGUGAAGGCAACGGAGCAGACAUGAACAGAGUCGGAGGCCCUGUUAAUAACAAUCUGGAUAACGGAGGCCUCUCUACUGUGAUCACUGGUAUCGGAGAUACUAAGCUUAUUAAUAGUAAUAAUAGGAUCAGUGCUAAUGCCAAGGAUAAGAAUAAGAUGAGAGGAUGGGCGGCUAUUAAGGAGUUGUGAUCCAAUAUUCAUGCGUCCAAGAGUGUUGAAGCUGAUGCAUGAGAGCUAUAUAAUUUAGUAGAAGAUCAUGAAAAUUGAUUAAAAGGAAAGAAGAUGAUCCUCAAAGUAGCCAGCGUUAUCAUGAUCGCUAGCAGAAAGUCGAAACUCCCUAAGAACAUGAAGGAUAUAUUAAACACCGCUCAGAUCUCUAAGAAGGAGCUUUCUAAGUGCUAUAGACAAAUCUUGAGAAAAAUUUGCCCUAAGAUGAAUACAAACCUCCAACCAAGUGAAUGUAUCUCUCAACUUUGCAACAGACUUCAGCUUAAUGGAAUAGUUGAGGAUAAAUGUAAAGAAGUUGCAGAAUCGAUCUGUAAAGGAGAAUACCUCACUGGUAGAAGCCCUUUCACCAUCGCUGGAGUAGCAGUGUACAUGGCCACUCAGAUCCAACCUGAGAAUAAAAGAAACUACAAAGAAAUUGCAGUAGCAGCCCAGCUAGCUGAUGCUACUAUUAGAAAUGCUUUCAAGAAGAUUUACCAUAUGAGGUACCAGAUCUUUGAUAAGAUAGCUACUAGAGAAGAAGUAGACGCCUCUAUUACUCUCUAAACUUCCUUCCAGGUUGUCUCUCGUCUCAAUUCAUUAUUUAAAAGCUAGGCUUUU